AUGGCCAGCGUGCAGCAGGGCGAGAAGCAGCUCUUCGAGAAGUUCUGGAGAGGCACCUUCAAGGCCGUGGCCACGCCGAGACCCGAGAGCGUCAUCGUGGCCAGCAUCACCGCCCGCAAGCCGCUGCCCAGCAGCGAGACAACAAACUGCCUGUCGUACCCAACAGAGGACAGACGCUCGGAAAAGCCAAGUGGAAACCUUGCUCAGGAGGCCUCCAAAACCAAUGGCUGUGUGAAAGGAAAGGACCGCAAAGAGAAUACUCACCACAGAUCACGCAGCUCCCUGGGUCAUGAGGAGUGCACGCCACCACCUCCCUCCAGGGGGAAGAAGAAGAAAAAGAAAUCUACGCGUAAGAAGAGGAGGAGGUCUCCAUCGUACAGCCCCUCACCUGUGAAGAAAAAGAAGAAGAAAAGCUCAAAGAAGCGAAAACGAAACAGGUUAUCUUCAAAGAAGAGGAGACACAGCUCCUCAAGCCCAAAAAGUAAAAGAAAGGAAGAAAGAAAACACAAAAAACACUGUCGUAGCCGGCCGCGAAAAUCCCAUCGACACCGCCAUCGCCACUGCCACUCCCGGUCAGAGAGCUCAGGUUCCCGCUCCUCUAGCUGCCAAAGCAGGCACAGAGACAGAUCUCGGGAGGAAAGGCAUAAAGCUAGACGAAGACGCUCCCGGCACCAUUCAAAGAACACUGAAAAACGAAGCAUUUCUGCUGAGGUUCAGGCCAGCUAUUCCUCCAGCCAAACCCUUCAGAUCUACAGCUUCCUCUCAGCUAAGGAAGUAAUCUCUCAGUCAGGGUCUUCUGCUGACCUCUUUACCAAAACAGACAGCCCGCUUGACAACCUAGCCAGUCAGAAUGGAGGGUCCCAUGAAUAUGACUCAGGAAACGAUACUUCUUCUCCUCCCUCCACUCAAACAAGCUCAUCCAGGUCAAAGGACAUCCAGGAGAAAAGAAAUGUAGCGCACGAUGGCUUUGGCCACUCCUUCUCCUCUGGGAAGCCUAAACUGGCCAACAGUGAUAACAGCUCUGAUUCAGGAAAUUCCUUCACCAGUUGCUUUUCCCAGGUCAAGGGAACAGCUUUGGAAAAUCUCUCUCCAGAUGCCCAGGGACAGGAUCAAAGAGGAUGCCUGUCCCCCUGUCUCGGCUGCUCAGAAGAAAAGAAGCAGAGGCCCCUCCCUUCCCCAGCCCACAGCUCCCCUCUGAGACUGUGCUCUCGCAGUGGGUCCUACACCAGCACGGGAAGGUCCUCCCAAGGGUCCAGCCGCUCCACCCGGUCCCACUCGCUGCAUCACAAGGCCACACCCAGGUACUCCCGAAGCAGAUCCUGCUCCUCAGGGAAAAGGUCCUAUUCACGUUCCCCAAGCUACUCAUCCAAGUCCUGCAGAAGAAGUCCCGGAAGCAGGAACUCAAGGCCACGUCGAAGCCCCAGUUACUCCCGCUACAGCCCUAGCAGGGAUCGCGAGAGAGAGCACAAGUAUGGCUCCAGUGAGAAGGAGUCCCACAGAGAGCGUGACCGACGGCGGCAGCGGCGACAGUCCUACUCACCCCUGAGGAAACGCAGGAGAGACUCUCCCAGCCACCUUGAAGCUCGGCGGAUCACAAGCGCCCGGAAACGCCCCAUCCCAUACUACAGGCCCAGUCCUUCCUCCUCCAGCAGUGUCAGCAGCUAUUCCUCAUGGUACAGCAGCUUUAGCCGCUCUCCCAGUCGCAGUCGGAGUUACUCCAGCUACAGGAGCAGUCGGAGCCGGAGCCGAAGCCGGAGCCGGAGCUGGAGCAGCAGUAGUGACAGCGGCAGGAGCCGAAGCCGGAGUUCAUGCCCAAGAAGCAGCCACAGCAGAAGCAAGAGCUAUGGCUCAAUAGGCAGCUAUGACAGCAUGCGGCGCUAG